CAAGUGAUAAAUAAAUAAAUAGUUAAAAAAUCUUGAGCAUGAAGGCGCGAGCCACAUCUUAUAUAAAUCAUGAUCACUUUUGAAAGACGUGAUCACCACACAUCCAUCCUCCGUGUUGAAGAUCAAUCCCGUUUCUCCCAUGGAUCCUUACAAGAACGUCCCGUCCUCCGCUUUCAACUCUCCUUACUGGACUACAAAUUCCGGUGCACCGGUCUACAACAACAACUCUUCUUUGACCGUUGGAGCUAGAGGUCCUAUCCUCCUUGAGGAUUAUCAUUUGGUGGAGAAGCUCGCCAACUUUGAUAGGGAAAGAAUCCCUGAACGUGUAGUUCAUGCCAGGGGAGCAAGUGCAAAGGGUUUUUUUGAGGUUACACAUGACAUUUCUCACCUUACUUGUGCUGAUUUCCUUCGUGCCCCGGGUGUACAGACUCCUAUUAUACUCCGUUUCUCAACUGUUAUUCAUGAACGUGGAAGCCCUGAAACCAUUAGGGAUCCUCGCGGUUUUGCAGUCAAGUUUUACACCAGGGAGGGAAACUUUGAUAUGGUAGGAAACAAUUUCCCAGUGUUUUUCAUCCGUGAUGGUAUGAAGUUCCCUGACAUGGUCCAUGCACUGAAGCCAAACCCAAAGUCUCAUAUUCAAGAGAACUGGAGAAUUAUGGACUUCUUCUCCCACCAUCCGGAGAGUUUGCACAUGUUCACUUUCCUGUUUGAUGAUUUGGGUAUUCCCCAAGACUACAGGCAUAUGGAAGGCUCAGGUGUUCACACCUACACCUUGAUAAACAAAGCGGGGAAGGUUAACUAUGUCAAGUUUCAUUGGAAACCUACUUGUGGAGUGAAGUGUUUAUUGGAAGAUGAAGCUAUUAAGAUUGGAGGAUCCAAUCACAGCCAUGCUACACAGGACUUGUAUGAUUCAAUAGCAGCUGGUAACUAUCCUGAGUGGAAACUUUUUAUUCAGAUAAUGGAUCCUUCUGACGAAGACAAGUUUGAUUUUGACCCGCUUGAUGUGACCAAGACUUGGCCUGAAGACAUCUUGCCUCUGCUUCCGGUUGGGCGGUUGGUCUUGAAUAGGAAUAUCGAUAACUUCUUUGCUGAGAAUGAACAACUUGCCUUUUGCCCUUCUUUAGUGGUACCUGGAGUCUACUAUUCAGAUGACAAGCUCCUUCAGAGUCGUAUAUUCUCUUAUGCUGACACUCAGAGACACCGACUUGGGCCUAACUAUCUUCAGCUUCCUGUUAAUUCUCCUAAAUGUUCACAUCACAACAAUCAUCAUGAUGGUUUCAUGAAUUUUAUGCAUAGGGAUGAGGAGGUGAAUUACUUUCCUUCAAGGUUCGAUCCUGUUCGUCAUGCUGAGAGAUACCCAACUCCAUCUGCUGCUUUGAAUGGAAGGCGUGAAAAGGCCAUCAUUGAGAAGGAGAACAACUUCAAGCAACCGGGAGAGAGAUACCGUUCCUGGUCCUCCGACAGGCAAGAGCGGUUCAUCCGCAGAUGGAUUGACGCAUUGAGCGACCCUCGUUGCACCCACGAGAUUCGUAGUAUCUGGAUCUCAUACUGGUCUCAGGCUGAUAAGUCUCUGGGUCAGAAGCUAGCUUCUCGACUUAAUGUGAGGCCAAGCAUUUGAUCACGAUAAGAAGAGUGGAGAGGAGAGAAAAGGAAAAAGAGUCAUUAUGAAUUGAACUACAAGUGUCUUCUUAAUAGUAAGUAUUUAAUGUUGCAUUUUGAAACCAAUUUGGUUGUUGAGUCAUGCAUACUCAGUACAUACAUUCUUAUUGGUAAAAAUGCAUGCAGUUCAAUGCUUAUGUUAUGGUUU